AUGUCAUUUUCUGAUGGAGGAGGCUCAGCAUUAGCAGGGGAGGAAGAAGAAUCCCAGGACAACCGGCUCGAGGAACAAGCAGUUCAAAACGAACCACCUCGAGAAGCACAAGCACAGGCACCGCCACCGCCAGUAAGAAUGGCAACGCUUUUGGGACACAUUGAUGCCUACAACGAAUCAUCGGACCAAUGGUCGACUUAUUUCGAGAGCAAGGAAUUGGGGACACUGAAAGGAUUCGAAGCUUCACUGACGCUGAAGCCAGACCAGCAGCCAAAGUUCUGCCAAGCUCGGGUGGUACCGUAUGCGCUGAGACCUAAAGUGGAAGCUCAAAUAGAGCACCUCCUCCAGCAAGGAGUUAUCUCUCCGGUUCAGUUCAGCGACUGGGCAACCCCCAUAGUGCCUGUCAUGAAGAAGAACAGUAGUGUGAGGAUAUGUGGAGAUUUUAAGGUGACUGUAAAUCCAGCCCUGUGCGCUGAACACUACCCAAUACCUCGUAUUGAGGAUUUGUUUGCGUCCUUGUCUGGACAUCGUUUCAGCAAACUGGACCUUUCACAGGCCUACCUUCAGGUACCGGUUAAGUCAGAUUCUAGGAAAUAUCUUACGAUCACCACCAAUAAGGGCAUGUUCUGCUGCAAUCAUUUACCAUUUGUAAUUACUUCGCGCCUUCCUAUUCAGAGAAUUAUGGACCAAGUGCUCCGAGGGCUACCAAAUGUACAUUGCUUUCUUGAUGACAUUUUCAUCACAGGCCAAGAUGAUGUGCACCAUCUGAGAAAUCUCGAAGCUGUUUUGAAUCGUCUUGAAAAAUUUGGGCUCCGAGUCCAAAAGGAGAAAUGUGAGUUCUUCAGGAACUCGCUAGAGUACUUGGAGCACAUGAUUGAUUCUGUAGGGCUCCACAAGUCUGACGAUAAGAUCAAAGCCAUUGUGGAGGCCCCUAUCAUAUGGAAAGAUGAACUCUCCGUACUUCAAGGCUGCUUAAUGUGGGGAAAUCGAGUUGUAGUCCCAGCCAAACUACAUCAGCAUGUCUUAGACAAACUCCACGCCGGAUACCCGGGCGUGGUCAGGAUGAAAUCUCUGGCGAGGAGCUACAUGUGCUGGCCGGGUCUGGAUGUGCAGGUGGAGGAGAGGUGCAAGACGUGCACCCAGUGCCAACGAUGUCAAAAGAGCCCUGCCCUCACACCGCUGCACCCAUGGCCCUGGCCAACAGGUCCGUGGCAGCGAAUUCAUAUCGACUUCGCCGGCCCCUUGGAGGGGCACAUGUUCUUCAUCAUUGUGAACGCUCAUUCCAAGUGGCCCGAAGUCAUAUUGACGGAUUCAACCUCAUCUGCAAAAAUAAUUGAACUGUUAAGAGGCCUCUUCAGUCAUUACGGAGUACCAGAGGUCCUAGUGAGUGAUAAUGGGCCUCAAUUCUCUUCUGAGGAGUUUGCCCACUUUUUAACAUCCAAUGGCAUUACGCACAAACGCUCCGCUCCUUUCCAUUUGGCAAUGAACGGCCUGGCAGAGCGUUUUGUGCAGACAUUUAAACAUUCUCUGAAGUUGUCGAGGGGUACAGCUUCGGUCCAGCGGCGACUCGAUGCUUUCCUGCUAUACUACAGAAAUACCCCCCACGCCACUACAAAAGAGUCACCUGCUACACUGUUUCUCCGUCGCAGACUGCGCACCCGCCUAGACCUGCUGAAACCGAGCGUGUCAGCAGUGGUGGAUCGAGCACAAGAGGACCAACAGCGACACCGUGGCGCACACGCUAAAGCGAGAACUUUUAAAGUGGGAGACCUGGUGCUUGUCCGGGACUAUCGGAAGGGGGAGAACAAGUGGAUGACUGGUACGGUUACAUCGCAAGCAGGGCCAAGGUCGUACCAGGUCGAAGUUGCAUCAAAUCAGCAGUGGAAUCGACAUGCAGACCAGAUGGUGGCCUGUCACCCCAGCAUCGUCCAGCCAGAAAAACAAGCGCAGAGAAACAACCGACACCCACUGCAGUCAUCCCAACGGCCAUGA